AUGCAGUCACGCCAAUCUGCGGUCCGUAAAAAUGCGGGACCUCGUCGUCGGAAGAUUGCCUUAGCAUGCGAGCCAUGCAGGACGAGGAAGGCUAGAUGUGAUGGCCAAAAACCGAUCUGCGGUGCCUGCAGGGCGCGCGGACGGAACAUUGAUCAAUGCCUAUACAAGACAACGGACAAUGCUAGAUCAGCUAGUAAUGAUCAGUAUCUUCGGAUGCUUCAUCAUCGUAUCCGAGAGCUGGAGGAAACAUGCACCAAAGCAGGGGUCCCCGUACCUGCAUUUGGAGGCGAGAGCCUCAUGGACAACUCUUUGACAGCUGAGAACGAUUCGGGUGACGCCUCUGGGUUGCUGGAUCAGGCCAUAUUGUCAACUACAACGAGCGCGCAAGCACAACAACAUUCGCCUACACACCAUACAGAGCCGGCCAGAUCGCAUCCCGUGAACGCACAUGUAUAUAGUCCUCCCGUGACUGAGACUGAGAUCUACCCUUCGACCCCAUUUGAACCUCAUAGUAACGUCACUGGAAUGGGCGCGAUCAGUUCUGUCGAUGAGUCUGGGAGACCUGUGAACGAAUACUUUGGCAGCUCAUCAGCCGUUUCUCUAAUGCGACUACUGGCGAAGGGCUCAGGCAGACCUCACAGCACGACAAUUCGCAACAUCGCAGAACAAACUCCGAGUCCAUUAAGUCGAAGGGAAGAGAUGUCAUCCUUAACACAAGGUUCCGGGGCACCCCAAAGCAAGUUUCAGGUAGAUGAGCUUCUCCUUCCGCCAAGGGACUUAGCAGAUCACCUAUUGGACUGCUUCUGGGACCGGAUCUACUGUCUCUACCCAUUUUUUCACCGCCAGAGUUUACAAGACGCCUACGAUAAUCUAUGGAUCGGGCGUGAGCAGCCCAUCAAACCAUUGAGCAACUUUGAUAUUGGACUGGGAAACAAAAAUCAUUCGGGGUCUCGAUCGAUCGUGUUCAUCUGUGCGCUCAAUAUCAUUUUUGCUCUUGGCUGCCACUUUGCCGAUAUGCCCGUCCACGAGCGAGAAGCGGCUGCCCAUACCUUCUUUCUCAGGGCGAAGAGGUUUAUUGGUCUUGACAUUCUGGAUAUCUGCUCCGUCGGCACUGUCCAAUGCCUUCUACUAGCCGGAUUAUUUCUGCAGUCAACGCCCUACCCCCAUCGGUGCUGGCACUCCAUAGGUGUGGCUUGCCGCGUGGCCCAGGGACUGGGCCUUCAUGAAGCGGAAUUGGAUGACAAUGUACAUCCGCUCGAACAAGAAAUCCAACGCCUCACUUGGCAUGGAUGCGUGAUGAUGGAUAUGUUUGUAAGCAUGACUUACGGUCGGCCAACGAUGACCUCCCAUUUACCAAGUGUUCCACUACCGGCAUGCUCUGAAGCGGGAUCCGGGGAAGACCAAAGCCCAUCUGUGAUGGUCUUCUACAUUGCCACCAUAGAAUUGUACAGAAUCCUAGACAGUAUAUUAUCUGACGUGUAUCAGGUCUGGUGGAGCAAAAGCAGUGCAACCCCGGGUGGUCCUACAGCAAAGCAGGGAGGCUUAGAUGUUAUUAUCUCUUUGGAAGAGAAGCUGUUCGAGUACGAGUCCAACCUACCAUCGUUCUUGAACUGGACGAAGCCAAUGACGCCAACAACUAUAUCAGCCAAGCAGCUCAUCUUGAGACGCCAGAGAAAUGUGCUCCAUGCAAGAUUUCUGUACCUCCAUCUCCUUCUAUAUCGACCAAUUUUCACACAACUCUGUUCCGAUAACCCUGGUCGCACCCAUGACACAGACCGUCGCAGGACAACUCAUAGCAUGAUAAAAACAUCACUCUUGACGAAAUGUGCUGCCGCUUGUGUCCAAGCAGCGAUCAGUCUUAUCUCCCUCGUCCAUGACACCCAUCUGGAUCCAGCAACUGACACUUGGUGGUAUAACGGGUUUUAUAUAUCGACCGCAGGGAUGGUAAUAGUAAUGUCUUACACCUGUCGCCCCAUUUGGGACGAGCUAGACAAAGUAACCAUCGACUCAACAUGGGCUAAAUGCGAGGAAAUUCUACGAAGGAUGGGAUCAUUCAGUGUGUCGGCCCGAAACACUAUACAGUUCCUACAAGCCACGCGCAACCAAGUCCUGGCUACUCACCAGCAGAGACCAUCCGCCGCGGCAUGUAGCACAACUGCCAAUAGUCAACAACAGCCUCAACACAUCAGUUCACAGACCAACCAAAUCCAGCUGACUGGCGUUGAGCCUCUACCACAUGAAGGGUCCGGUGGGCUCACUUGGGAUGCUUCCACGGAAGCACUAGCAUACGAUCUGGGGUUUCUGGGACCCUUUGAUUUCAACGAACUGCAUGGAUUGUUGCCUGAUAACGAGAAGCCACUACGCGUCCUGCUCUAUAAUUCUGACUACUUCACCACUGGAAUACGACGCAAGAUUGAGUUCACUCUGAGCGGUAUUCCCGCGUCUUCUGUUUCUGCAAAACGGCUGACGGCUGAUAUGGCUACGAUUACUAUUGGGAAAGGAAAUGUCUCAAUCGCCGGCCAGUCGUGUCAGGAAACUACUUGCGAGCUGCCGGUAGAGGAGGCCAGGGAGACAGUAGAGGUUCAAGAUGGCGUUGCAACUUUUUUCCUUGGUCCAUCGGAGGCUUUGGUCAUUGAUUUGCAGGUCUAA